AUGUUGAAGCAGUUGCAUAUCAACAUCCCACUUGUAGAGGCACUUGAGCAAAUGGCUAACUAUGUGAAAUUUAUGAAAGUUGUUCUUACAAGGAAGAGAAGGUCAGGAGAGUUUGAAAUCGUGGCUCUAACCAAAGAGUGUAGUUCAUUUAGGCAAGACAAGUUGCCACCAAAGUUGAAGGAUCCUGGGAGUUUCACUAUUCCUUGUACUAUUGGAGAUACUUAUUGUGGGAUGGCUUUAUGCGAUUUGGAUAGAUCUCUUGCUCAUCCAGAUGGCAAGAUUGCAGAUGUGUUGGUGAGGGUAGACAAAUUCAUAUUCCCUGCUGAUUUUAUUGUGCUGGACUAUGAGGCGGAUAGAGAGGUGCCCAUUAUCUUGGGGAGGCCAUUUCUUUCAACAAUAAGAACUUUGAUAGAUGUGCAAAAGGGUGAGCUUACUAUGAGGGUCCAAGAUGAAAAGGUGACUUUUAAUGUUUUUAAGGCUAUGAGAUUUCAUGUUGAGGUCGAGGAAUGCUCAGUGGUUAUAAUGGUAGAUUCAUUGGCAUCAAGGGAAUUUGAAACUAGUAAUGUUGAUGAUCCAUUAGAGAGGUUAUUGUUGUUUGACUCUCACAAUGAUGAAGAUGAGGAGGAGUUCUUAGCUUGGUUGGAGGCUAAUUCUCAAGGGUUAAGAACAAGAGGCCGAUUUGAUUCAUUGUAG